AUGACUCCCAAUGAUCUCUACAAUGUUCUUAGCGCAUUAGUUCCACAGUAUAUCACGAUGUUCCUUGCUUUUGCCUCUGUGAAAUAUUGGAAGAUCUUCAGCCCCGAGCAAUGCUUUGGCAUCAACCGCUUUGUCGCUCACUUUGCAUGUCCUUUCCUCUUCUUUGAUGUCAUCUCCCGCUUUCAACUUAAAAAUAUUAAUAUCCCCUUCCUCGCCGCUGACUCCAUCUCAAAGGUUUUAGUCCUCCUUAUCCUCUUAAAUUGGGUAAAUUUCUUCAAAUCUGGCAGCUUGGAAUGGCUCAUCACCCUCUUCUCCCUCACCACUCUCCCAAACACUUUGAUUGUUGGAAUCCCCCUCCUCACUUCUAUGUAUGGAAAUGAACAAGAAGGUUUGAUGAUACAAGUGGUGGUGAUGCAAUGCAUUAUUUGGUUUGUUUUCCUUCUAUUUCUAUAUGAGUUUCGGGCAGCAAGGAACUCUAUAAUGAUGAACAUAAGUGAGAAGAGUGCCCAGCUACAAAAUAACAUUGGUGCAGAAGAUGUUCAUAUUAGCAUAGAUGAGGAGAAUAUUGAAGGGAUUUCAGAGCUUCAAGGCUCAGUCAAUUGUUCAGAAGGUGUUUAUGAGAAGCCUGAGCAGAGUAGAGACAUUAAAGAGAGUGAAGGAAAAGAGACUGAGAAAGUGGAAAGUGGGAGACUUAUGAUGAUCAAGCUAAUCAUGAAAACAGUUUGUUUUAAGCUAGUCAGGAACCCAAAUGCCUAUGCCAGUCUUCUAGGCCUCUUAUGGAUUCUGAUUUCCUCUAGGUUGAAGAUAAAGAAGCCACUUAUCAUGGAUAACUCAGUGAAAAUCCUAUCAAAUACUGGGCAAGGAUUGGCUGUCUUUAGUUUGGGGUUGUUCAUGGCUUUGCAACCAAGGAUCAUAUCAUGUGGAAUUAGGCUUGCAGUUUAUGGAAUGUUAAUGAGAUUUCUUGCUGGCCCUGCUACUAUGCUAUUGUCUUCAGUACUUGUUGGACUUAGAAAGACCACCCUUAGCGUUGCAGUGGUACAGGCUGCACUGCCACAAGCAGCCUUAACAUUUGUUUAUGCCAAGGAAUACGAUUUGCACUCAGAGCUCUUAAGCACUGUGGUCAUAUUUGGGAUGAUUGCUUCAUUUCCUGUUACAAUACUGUACUCAAUCUUAUUGGGUUUAUGA